GCAGUUUAAAUCUCAGCGAAGAAGAACUCCGCUCUCAGAUAAACAUGGUGGUGUGUUGGUUCGAGUCCCCGCUGCGCCGCCGCCCCGCGGCUCUACCCGAGACACAGUGACGGAGCGACGGGCAGCGACGAGAGACACGCGUCUGCUUUGCUGGACGAUCCCCCGCGAUGGACGACGACGGCCCGUCUCGGAGGGAGGCGGUCCGUCCGAGGAGGCUCUCCGCGGCGGCGGAGUGUGGAGCUAACGCUAGCCCGCAAGAUGGCGAGGCGACCGCGGCGCAGCCUCCGAGAGACACUCGCGGCGGUGCGGAGAGACCACCGAGCGGCGGCGGCGGCUGGAUCGCGGAGAGGCGCAACUCGCUGGUGCACCAGAGGCACAUGCCGAUGGAGCCCAAGAAGUUCCACAUACCGAGGAAGACGAAGGAGAAGAGAGCUCUCUUCCAGUAUGUCUCCACUGAGUCGAGGGAGUUCGAGGACAUGGUGACCAGCCUGACCUCCAGUUACUUCGACGCCGGCUCUGCUGGCUGCUUCACCUACAGCAAACCUCGCCAGGUCCACAGCGAGCUACAGGAGAAGGAGUUUGUGGAGAAGAGGAGGGAGAUGAAGGUGGACGGUCGAGCAGAUAAGGAGCUGGAGGAGAGUUACUGUUUCCUGUUGGCCGACGCCGACAAGCUGCCCCUGCUCUGUGAGAACGGGCUUUGUGUGGGUCAGAGCUGGAUGACAGUGCUGGGAAACCCCAGUAAAGGAGUGUAUCUGUCUCGGUACUCGGACCUGCUCCAGAUCAACACAUUCACCCCAGGAGCCACGGGGGAGAUCAUCAUCUACAAAGUGAUGAAGGGGAAAGUGAAGAGCAUCUACGAAAACAUGAAGAACCUUCUGGACCCAACACCUCGCUUCGACAGCCACAUCUUCAAGAACGCCAGCAAAGUCACGUCGCUCACCUCCUACCGCGCCUUCGAGUUCACGCAGCAAUACUUCUAUGAGUAUCUGUUCGACGAAUUGCGGCAGCGGCCUCGCCAGGUUUGUCCGUACGCCGUCGUCUCCUUCCAGUUUAAAGGAAAGGACACGCCACUUCUUAGAUUGAACAGUCAGCCUGUGGAGGCGAGUAAAGAGCGAGCUCAGUUCACAGUGUGGAGCGGAGAUCUAGUGAACGGCGACCGGGUUCUCUUCCAGAUCUCCCUUCGCUCCUUCUUUCCUCCCUUCCUGCCCCAGGGACUACCGGAGAAGUUGAAAAUUGGUUGUGUGAUGAGGCUGGACCAGGCGACCAGGCUCCUCCCCUCCGGCCUGUUCUCCUACCACCUCUACGACAGCAGCAAAGAAGUCGUGGAGGACGGGCAUUUCUGCAGACUCCUGGAGGUGAUCGACAGAAGUCGGUCAACGACCAACGUGACCAAACUGCUGCAGGAGCUGGAGAUGAAGAGAGUGGUUCUGGUGAUUCCACUUCCAGACAGAGGAUUUCUCUUUCUCCUCUCCAGUGUUCAGAUGGCCUCGCCCAGCGAGCGAGACGUGAGCUGGAAGCGUUGUCUUCAGGGCUUGUUUGUCUUCCCCGAGACCAGAGAUGUGGCCAAGUCCACAUCGAGUUGCGCCCCUUCUCCGUACGAUGCCUCCGAGUCGUCGACGUCCGGUGCCACGCUGAUGCCACAUCUCAACCGGUUCAUCCCGGCGCUGCAUCACUCCCUCGUCAAAGCCCGCGCCAACUCCCCCCCCGAGCUGUCUGCCAGCGUGGAGCGCCAGGCGAGGGAAUACCUCAUCGGUCUGAAGGAGGGCAAGUUGCGGCAGUACCCCAUGGGGGAGUACGACUCCAACCAAGAUGAGCAGGAAAAGCAGUUUGCCGUUCCCAAGCACCACCAGGUGAACAUGGACUUCUACCUGCACUCCUACCUGUACAACCCGGCCAUCUACCUGCUGUCAAUGGCCCGGGCCAGGCAGGUGGUGGAGGCGCACUGUGGCCCCGAGGAGCCGCAGCAGCAGCAGCAGCAGCAGCAGCAGCAGGCGAGGCCACGGAAGAGCUGCGCAGGGGGCCCGAGACAGUCGACGGGGAAGAAGGUGACGGGCAACUCCAGAGAUGGACAGACCAACUCUGAGAAGAUGCAGCAGCUCAUAGACCUGGUGUUGACCUGCAAGAGGAACGCGGAAAACGAGGUGAGGAGGGAGGAAGGACGAGACGGAGGGCCGAAGGCGCCGGGCAGGAAGAGGAGGAUGGAGCAGCAGACGGCGGCGAGGGCGCUGAAAUUCCUGAAGGCAACGCAGGAACCGGGAAACAACGACAAGAUUCCAGUCGAGGGAAGUCUAGCGCCCGAGUCUCCGGAUUCUCUCACAUCUGCGAUCGGCUCAGUGGGUCUGAGAGACGUUCAUCUGAGGGAAGACGGAUCUGAGCUCGCUUCCAAACUCCUCAAGCUGCUCACAGGCCUCAACCAGGCUGCCCGGGGACUCGUUGCUCAGGAGGAGCAGAGGGAAUCCUCUCCGUUUGAUAGGCUGGCCACCAAGCUGGGCCUGCCCACCAGCUGUGACAUUGACCUGAGGAAGCAGGAGGAGUUGGAGGAGCAAGCUGCGGGCAGCGUCAGUAGUUUGGAGGGAUUCAGUCCCAGCUCCCAUGGCGGGGAGAUGAAUCACCACAAAGGAGGAGGAGGGCUGCGGAGGGGGGCCGGAGGAUACGAAGAGGAGGAGGAAGAGUGGCCGAUCCCGUGGGUCCUCAUCCCCAUAACAGGUCUGUGUUCGGAGAGGUACGCUCAGGGAGACAGAAACAUCCCUCAGGACCCUCGCUUUCAGCACCUCUCCGUGGCAACGGGCGUCGCAGCGGCAACCGAGCCUCCCAGGUCGAGCCCCGCCCUGUCUCCCGGGCCGAGCCCUCCUCCCUCCCCCUUCCGGUGCCCGUCCCGCGAGCCGAGCCCUCCUCCCUCCCCCUCUCAGUGCCCGUCACCUGACCCCAGCCCUCCUCUCUCCCCCUCCCAGUGCCCGUCUCCAGAGCCCAGUCCUCCACCCUCUCCCUCUCCGUCUCCGCAGCCCAGUUCUCCUGCUCCGUGCGCCGCCCCUCUGCUCGGCCUCUCUCCCUCCCCGCCCCCGGCCCUGUGCCGGUCCCCAGAGCCUAUGGAGCUCAACCCGCUUAAUGAGGCCGACCUUGGUGCUAACGAGGACGGUUUAGCCCCCACAGCCUCCAGGGAGUUUACAGUCCAAACGAUGCCAAAGCCGUCACACAACGCUGUGUCCUGUUCCCCUGCAGGAACGUCCAAGGAUAGACGAGAGGGCGAAGAGCCAUCCGUGUUUCCAUCCAUCCGGCCGUGCAUUCCUCCAGCUCCAGAGGAGAGGAGGACGAGCCCGUCGCCUCCACUCUCUGCGCAAGCGAAGGAGUAUUCGGAGGGGGAGGUGAUGGAGGUUGACGCCGUGCUUGUAGUGGAGGAAAAAGAAAGUCAGCCAGCUGAGAAACUACAAUUACAAAAGGAAGAAGAAGAGGCUACAGAGGGAAAACGAGAUGAUGAGGAGGAGGAGGUGGUAGAUAUGAUACACGAGGCGGCAAGUGAAAGGAAACAAAAGGGAGACGUGAAGGAAGCGGUAGGCGUCUCUUUGUUGGCGCCGCCGCCGCCGCGUCCUUUCAGAGACAUCGACAGCAUCGUGGACAAACAUCUAGGCAACUUCUCCUCUGAGAUACAGCUCUUCCUGCAGGAGAAGAGCAUCAACUACAGCUUCCCACAGUCCCCGCACUCUACUUCAGACACGGUCGCACCCCGACACGCAAUCCCACGCACCCUGACCUCUCAGUUUUCACAGUACGUGUCUUACUACAACCGCUGCCCCCCCGUCCAGGACUAUGUGAGCUCUCUACAGGACAGCAUCAGCGGCAUGUUGACAGAGUUUCGCGACGGCAGGCAGAGCCGGGCCGGUACCGAGAAGUCGUUGGCUAGCAGUGUAAGCGCUUUUGUCGCCAGCAUCCGAGCUGAUGCUACCACUACUUCGGACAGUCAAACACCUGCGCUCUCCAGAGGAGGUGAAGUGUGGCAGGCAGCAGUUAACACCAGACAGUUUCCCGAUGCAACGAUCGACAGGAAUUCCCCGGCUUCUGGUGUCACUUUACCUCUCCCUACCUCUGCUGCCCGUUCCGUUUACAAGGCUGCACACGGCACCGACCUUCAUCCUCCUCCGAACAAUUUGCCACAGUCACACUGCAGUCGCAAUGUAGAGAUCAAAAGAACAGCGGCUCACGAUGUCGCACAAUCACAAGAAGACAGCUUUACCAAGGCCGUACAUUGUGCGACUGACGCAGAAGGUGGGGUUCGUCUCGCAGGGUCGAACUCUGCCUCGACUCCCCCGGGAUCCGGCGGCGUCUCUAAGCCCACGGCGGAACCUUCGCACCCGCCUGAGCUGGUCUCCAGCUCGGCGCCCGUAUCCGCCCCCGCCACGGCCCUCAGCUCCUUGAUCAGCCAGAUGCAGCCGGAGGUGUUCAACAGUCUGGUGAAGAUCAUCAGAGACGUGAAAAAAAACUCCCUGCAGUUCUACCUCCACAGCACCGAGCCGGGGGACCAGGUCUAUGACGAGGUCAAGAAGCACCUGUUGAAGCAGGGUAAUGUGGAGCGGACUCCCGUGGCCUUUCUGAACCACGGAAACUCUGACAACCGACUGCUGGUCAUCAUCAAGAACAAGGACUUAGCAGGACACGUACACAAGAUCCCCAACCUGGUUUCCCUGAAGCGCCGCCCCUCUGUCGUGUUUGUGGGAAUCGAUUCGCUGGGCGACAUCAGGAACAACAGCUACAACGAGCUCUUUGUGUCCGGAGGCUGCGUCAUCCCCGACGAGUCCAUCCUCAGUCCAGACUUCAUCACUCGCGGUCGACUGACUGAGCUGCUGAUGUUCCUGGAACAACAUAGCUCCCAGGACAGCGUCUGGAAGUGGAAGGUUCACUGCAAAACCCACAAGAAAUUGAAAGAACAAGCCAGGUUCAGGAGAGACGCAGCCGAUAUAUUGGACGUACUCUCAGCCUAUCAGAAGCGGCAGAUCGUUGAGUUCCUGCCGUAUCACCGCUGCGACAUGGUGAACCACAUAUCGCCCGACGUGGACUGUCUCAUCGAGCUCCAGGCCCGGUACACGCAGUACCGACAAACCAUCUUCCUGACCGAGCGUUGCAUCGAGAAGCUCCCUGCCUACCUCAGCGCCGGCAUCAUCGUGACGGGCAUCGAUGAACUAUUGCACUACUUCACCAGACUGGUCGGUUUCUACGACAACAAGGACAAGCAACCGGCCCAGGACGCUGUGCUGCCGACCGAAGGUGUCGGCAGGCAGCUGAGUCACUGCGACUCUGUGUCAGCCUCCGAACGCUCUCCCUCUAUCUUCCCUGAGCCCGUCCAUCCCCUCUCCUCCGGCGAGCUCCCGCCGCAACACCUCCAUCUCCGGCCGCCCGGCUCGGGCCGCCUCUCCGACCAGCUGGUCCCGGACGCGUCCUUCAAGGACGGCGCGCCGCCGCACUCGGACACGGACUUCGAGGUUCUCCGACAGGCCAUCUCGCAGCUGCGGACCGAGCGCCAGGCGCAGCUGCAGCAGCUACAGCAGCAGUUGGAGUCGCAGAAGGAGUUGAGCACCAACCACCAGCAGAAGAGCGUUGUCUCCAAUGCGGUUCGCAGAGGUCACGGACGCACCACUCCGCCUCCCGUCGGUCAGGGAGGCCCCGCCCAGUCGGUCCAGCUCACCCCCGGCAGGAAGGCGGUAGUCGCCACUCUGGAGCAGAUUCACUCGACCAUGAAGCUGGAGCUGGCUCAGGGGCAACGGAGGCGGGGCCGAGUGGAGCCUCCUGUGGAGGAACAGAGGAUGGGAAGAAGUCCCGGUGGAGGGCGAGGUGAAAGAGAGCCGGGGGGCGGUGCUGCGGCGAGAGCGGCGGCGGGCCUUCUGGGAAUACACAGUAAAAGCGACACAUCUACCUCGUUGUCCAAUCACAGCACAGUCGCAGUCAUACGACCGAGUGACCGGACAGACUCGACCGGUGCAGAGAGAGAGAAAGCAGAUCAGCGAGGUGAACCCGCGUUUCCCGAGGCAGCUAAACCCGGUGCAGCCCCCUGCAGCGCCUCCUACUGUCCAGUAGAGGGCGACAGAUCAAGACAAACGCAGUCGGGCCAGGACUGGUCGACGCGAGGAGAGGGGGCGCUACCGGGGAACGGCACAGCCGGUGGCACCGUGGUAACCAGAAGUGAAACCACGGUAACGCGUCAGGAGGACAACAACAACAACAACAACAACAACCUUGCUCCUUCCCGACUACAACAACACAUCCCGGAACCCCGGCAGCAUCUGCAGCUCCCCCCGAGUCUGUCACACCCACCACACCCACCACACCAGCAGUGGAGCUCGGGCCUCCUGCAGCGCCCCCUGUUGCCUCACCACCCCGGCCAGCCUUUCUCCUCGGGCCCCAUGUUGAGGCCUCUGGCAGCCAUGGGCAGGACGAGGGGCCUCCUGGGGCCCACGCCUGUCUGGCCAGGGGGCCUGAGCCCUGCGGCGGCCGCCGCCAUGGUGUGGGGUUUGCCCGGUCCCGGACUGCUGGGCGUGUACCACAACCCUGCGGGUCAGGGCGGCAACAGGUACAGAGGGGGGCAACGAGGAGGGUUCAACCGGAUGUGACCGUCCACACGUCACCUGCAGCUCAUGUGACUUAUAAAAAAAAGUGUAAAGGAAGAAGACGGACGAACUGCCUCACACGUCUUCCACUGGAAACUCUGUGUCUUGUUUGGUUUGUGGCCCAGGGAGCUGUUUGUGUUUAGUUAGUGACGCGAACAGACUGAUUUUAACUUAAAAAUCAUUUUUUAUGUUUUUUUUUUACAUCAGAGGGGUUUUUUGUAUUAAACCUGCCUGCGUAAACCAGA